AUGGAAUUUAAGAAAGAACAGCCUAAAGCUACAUCCAAAAGGUUUAAAAAGAUAACUUAAAAACUUGGAAUCUAAUCAUUAAACAAAGAAGAACGAUUUGAUGAAGGGAUGAAAGACUUUCAAAACUUAGAUACAUUUUUCACAGUCACCGAUUUACUGAAAGACAUGAACAAGGAACAACCAACUCCAGAGAGAUAAGCAUUAUUUGAAAGCUAAUAAACUCUCAUUAAAACUAAACUAAAACUCAAAAAAUGGAAAUCUGAAUACCCUGCUUACUUCAAGUUUGAAGAGAAACCUCCUUAGACUUAAUAUCGAAAUAAGGUAGCUCUAUUAUAAAAGGCUCAAACUCAUCUGAAUCUCGAAAAAUACGAACCCAAACUUUGCAGAGAGGUUGACAAUUUGUCAUCCAUAUUAAAAGAUAAAUUUAAAAAUGUUGACAUGAAGGAAUAUCCAUAACUUUAAUUAUUUUAGGAAAUCAGCCAAUAUGAAGAUUUAAGAGUAAGAACAGAAUUCAAUGAAAGUCUGAGAGAUAGUUAUCGCAAAGACAGGCUUUCUUUAAAAUUAGAAUAAUUUGAAUAAAAACCAACGGUCUCAUAUGAAACUUACUAUAAGAACUACCAUAAUUAAGCUGAAUAAUUAAGAAAUCGUCUUCGAUAAUAACAAAUGAAUUUCUUUAAUUAAAAAUGGGGGAAUUCUGUUGUCAAAAUGAAAAUGAAAGAAGCCCAAGAUAAAAGAGGAUUCUUAGAAAAAGCUAAGUAAAUCAGAAGACCAGCAGUCACUAAAAAAGUAGUAUUACCUUAUCUUGCUCCGGUAAUUAAAAAUAUUAUAACUGACAUCUGUGUAGAAGAAGCUGAUAUGAUGGAAUAGAAGAGAGAUUUUAAAAAAGAUAUUCAAGAAUUAGCAAAGCUUGGUUCUGAAUUUUAUGAUCCUAAACCUGAACCACAAAUUAUGGGAUUAAGAAUUGUUAAUUGUUGA